AAGUGUGUUUACUUAUCUCCAUCUGCACUGGCUGUACCGUCAAUCAUAUGAAUGGAUUCGAAAUCACGUUUUAACCAAGAAGCAGAUAUCAUACAGCUUGAGCAGAGCCGGCGGAGAAAAAAGCGUCCCAUCCAAACCGGCAAAUGGGGCUUUUUGACAAGCUUGCAGGGUGGCUGGGCCUGAAGAAGAAGGAAGUGAACGUGUUGUGUUUAGGUCUGGACAACAGUGGAAAAACUACCAUCAUCAACCAGCUAAAGCCAUCCAAUGCUCAGGCUCAAGACAUUGUACCAACUAUAGGUUUCAGCAUAGAAAAGUUUAAGACCUCAAGUCUUUCUUUCACAGUGUUUGACAUGUCAGGGCAGGGAAGAUACAGAAAUCUGUGGGAGCACUAUUACAAGGAGGGUCAGGCCAUCAUAUUUGUGAUUGACAGUGGUGAUAAACUAAGAAUGGUUGUGGCAAAAGAAGAAUUGGAUACCCUUUUGAAUCACCCUGAUAUUAAGCACAGAAGGAUACCUAUACUCUUUUUCGCUAACAAGAUGGACCUCAGGGAUGCAUUGUCAGCAGUAAAGGUCUCCCAGCUCUUAUGUCUGGAAAAUAUUAAGGACAAACCAUGGCAUAUCUGUGCAAGUGAUGCAGUAAAAGGAGAAGGUCUUCAGGAGGGUGUAGACUGGCUGCAAGAUCAAAUCAGAACGAUGAAAACGUAAAACCCUCCUGAAAUAUAAAAACAGCCAAGGUCACCAGCUGCAAUGGCGGAGCCAGACAAAACAGAUCUUCACCUUUGGGCACUAAAUUUGUGUUUGUCAGUUAGGUUAGUAGUGUAAUAGUUGAUCUGAUCACAAGUGGUCAGUUGAGACUUUUCUUUUUAAAUCUCACCACAAACAUUAUUCUGACAGUUGUUUUCUUUUAAAGCCACACUUUACUAGUGAAUUUAACCUAUUAGCCUAAUAAUUGAUUGACAGAUUCCCUAUUGUCCAUGAUGCAUAAGAGCACUUCAAUUUGGCCAUAUACAUUUCUAAUUACCUCCAAAUGAGUAAGAUCACAAAACAUUUCACCACUUUUGAUCACCUAAGCUAUUAUGCUAUUAUCACAUGUAAAUAUGUCUGUGACAAUGCAUCUAAUAUUUGAGCAUUGCACCUUCUCUCUUGAUGAAUUACACUAAACUUCUUGGCUGCCAAUGCUGUUAAGUAAUUCUGUUGAGAAACUCACUGUAACAUGUUUCUCAGACAGCUGAGCACAGUGGCUAAUAUUUUAUAUCUUAGCUAUGUUUGUUUGUGAAUAGAUAGAAAACAUUCCCAAGCAGUGUUUAUUCCAUUGCUUUGAAAUGAAAAAUGUGGUCAAAGCUUGUUACUGUAGUGAUGUACAGUAGUGCUGUUUAUAGUCACUAUUUUGCUAUGAUUUACUUUUUCAUGCAUUGUAUGCAUGUUGCAUCUGAAGAGUAUGAAAAUGAGAAAUUAUGACACCUCAAACCAUCACAAAGGAAACAUUUCUCUUUGUUUUGGAGUUAUUUAUUUUCCAUGAACAUUUUGUUUUAAAAGCAUAUUGUAAAGAAAUUGUUGCUGUAUUUUUGUCUUGUGUUUUGUCUAGGCAGAUUACAUUUUCACAUUAUUUGCUAAACAAAACAUUUCACAGAUUUUUAGCAUUUUUUUCACUUCUGAUUGCAGUUUUAUUAAUCAGUAAGGGAUCUUGCAAUAGAAUGUUUAAAGAAUAAACAAACUAUGGAGCUUA